UGAAAUUGAGGCAGCAGCCUCCAAGUUUGAUGAUUCUGAGAUGUGCGAUGGUUAUGUAACUGAAAUCUACGAUUAUCUUCAUAACAUGGAGAAAGAGGCAAAGAGAAGGCCGCUGCAAGACUAUAUCGACAAGGUGCAGAAAGAUGUGACUGCAAACAUGAGAGGGGUUUUGGUGGAUUGGUUGGUGGAGGUUGCAGAAGAAUACAAGCUUCAAUCAGAUACACUUUAUCUCUCAAUCACUUACAUUGACAGAUUCUUGUCUCUUAAUCCUCUCAAUAAGCAGAGGCUGCAGUUGCUUGGCGUUUCUUCAAUGUUGAUUGCAUCAAAGUUUCAAGAGAUUAAUCCUCCAACACUUGAUGACUUCUGCUACAUCACAGAUAACACUUACAAAAAGGAAGAGCUGGUGAAGGUGGAAGCCGACAUACUUAAGUCUCUUAAAUUCGAAGUCAGCAGUCCAACCAUUAAUACCUUCUUGAGAAGAUUCUCCAGGAUUUCUGAACAGGAUCGCAAAUAUCCUGAUUUGGAGUUUGAGUUAUUGGGAUGCUACUUGGCAGAGUUGAGUUUGCUGGACUAUGGCUGUGUCAAGUUCUUGCCAUCCAUGAUUGCUUCUUCUGUUGUGUUCCUUUCCAGGUUUAUGUUCCACCCUGAUAAACAUCCAUGGAAUGCAAACCUUGAAAGGUUUUCGGGAUACAAACCUGCAGAUUUACAGGAAUGUGUUCUUCUUAUACAAGACUUGCAGUUGGGUAAAAGAGGAGCCUCCUUGGUAGCAGUCAGAGACAAAUACAACCAGCAUAAGUUCAAAUAUGUUGGCUUGAUGAAGAGCCCUCUUCAAAUACCCAAUUUAUACUUUGAAGCUUGA